AUGGAGAACCUCGAAGAAGACGUCCCUGUACGUGGUAAAAUCACGAAGACAUUUGGAGAAGGAUUUACUCCUCUCAUACGUACUGUACCAGGAAGAGGUGGUUGGGAAAGAAUGAGAGAUCGACCUGAAUGCCAGAGUUCAGAUGAAGGUAUGGUUCUGUCAUUUCAUAUUACUCCACCUGAGCUACGUAAAUCUAUAUCUCACAUUGCUUUUUGCUAUCCUUUCUCAUACUCUGAUUGUCAACGUUAUUUAACAAAACUUGAGCAGAAGUUACUAAAAGACAGAGAGAACAACAGUAUUUAUUAUCAUAGAGAUCUCUUAUGUUACUCAUUAGAUGGACUACGUAUUGAUCUCAUUACUGUAUCGUCUAAUUGUAAUAUCACCACGGAAACAGAACCACACCUACCUGGACUGUUCCCAGAUAGGAGUGUGAGUAGAGCUCAACGCUUCCACAAUAAAAGGUAUGUAAUUCUUAUCACCAGUCGAGUCCAUCCAGGGGAAACCCCUUCUAGUUAUGUCUUUAAUGGAAUCCUUGACUUCCUUCUCCGUGAGGAUGACCCUCGAUCUCAAACCUUAGAGAAGUUUGUAUUUAAACUAGUCCCGAUGUUAAAUCCUGAUGGUGUUGCUAGAGGACAUUACAGAACGGACAGUCGAGGUAUUAAUUUGAAUCGCGUUUAUCUUAAUCCUAGUCAUGAGCUUCAUCCACCCAUUAACGCUAUCCGCAGUUUAAUGCUAUAUUAUUUUCCAGACCACAUAAUAGAUUCCUUCCAAAACAUUGAUGAUAAUGAACAAUUAUUACAUACGACACCAAACAUGGUUGCUAUGGCAACACAAAGCAGUCCUUCAGGAGUAGCAUUGUAUGUAGAUUUACACGCCCAUGCAACUAAACGAGGUUGUUUUAUUUAUGGAAAUCAUUUUGAUAAUAAAGAAAACCAAGUUGAAUGCAUGCUACUGCAACUUGUAUCAUUAAACUCCGCCCAUUUUGAUUUUGGGCACAGUGUUUUUUCCGAGAGGAACAUGUAUAUGGCUGAUAAGAGAGAUGGAGAUACAACUAAGGAAGGUAGCGGUCGUGUUGCCUUGUACAAAGCUACUGGUCUCAUACAAUGUUAUACUUUAGAAUGUAACUAUAACAGUGGAAGACAUGUUAACACAAUAACUUCUGCUACAAUGGACAGUGGACGAUGUUCUCCACCUCAAAAUGGAUCACCCAUACCUCAUAAACUAACAUCAUUAGACUUUGAAGAGGUUGGGCGUGGUCUAGUCAUUUCAAUUCUAGAUCUUUAUCAAAUUAAUCCAUGGUCUAGACUACCAACAAGUGAAUAUGCUACAUUACAUGGUGUCAGACAACAUCUCUUAUUGAAAAUUGAAGCAAGUCAAAAGAAAGCACAAGUUGGAAAACGAAGAUUAGAAAAAAGGUCAUUUGAAAUGUACUGA